AUGGCUUCUUUAGCCAACAUUAACAAUAUUCAUGAGGAGUUCAAGUCAUACGACAUUGAAUUCUACGAACUCCACAUCAAAACAAUUGUAACCGCCGAUCCUGAAACUGUAAACUGUUGGAUUUCUGAAAACUUACAUGAAAACUUUUUUCUAGGGUUAGACACAGAGUGGAAGAUUCCCAUCAACGUAUCCAAGCCCAGAUCACAUGAUCAGCACGUAACACUUCUUCAGCUCUGCACUGAGAACCGCUGCCUCAUAUUCCAGCUCUCCCAUGCACCGGAGAUUCCCCGGUCGCUGCCCGGGUUCCUCGGUGAUUCGAACGUGACAUUUGCCGGUGUCGGAGUCAAACAAGAUGCAGAAAAGCUUAUGAAAGAUUGGGGAUUGAGUGCGGGGAAAACAAUGGAUGUUGCCUUUUCAGCUGCUGAAAAGUAUGGCCAAAGUGAUUACAAGUGUAAAGGGUUAAAAUGUUUUGUGGAGAUUUUGCUGGGAAUGAAGAUAGUUUCACAAUUUGAGUGA